UUCCAUCACUCUUGGCAACCGUUGUUGGGUUACCACGGAAACGCACUGCAAUGUUCUCUGCUUCUCUUUUGUACUCCUCCAUCACUCCUCUCUCUCUCUCUCUCUCCCUUACUCUAUCCCAUCUUUAUUGCUGGUCGGCUUCCUCCUUGCGUUGCUACGGCGAUGCUCUGGGACAUUCAGUGGGAUCAUUUUGUCACUGCAGUGUCGGCGCACAGAGCUGGCACUGCGCUCCGAGAUCUCUGUGAGACGUGUUUUGCUGUUUUUAUGCUCCCUGUUUUGUCUCCUUCCAAAUUCUCGUGACCUUUAACCCCUCCACUUCCCUUACCAAUCAGUCCGAAAUCAGCGCUUUGGACUGGCCGGGCUCAUCAGGUGACACCACAGAAAGUUGGAUGAAGUUUCGCUGAACUGAAGGCUCCGAUCAGUGUUGAUGUUUUCACGACUCUGUCGGACUGAGAGACGUCCGGACACUUCACAGAGACUGAACUCUGCUCGGUGAGCUCUGCCACAAACCGAGAUGAACGAGGACGCGGAGGAGGCGCAGCUGCCUGAGAAGUUGCUGGAGGCUGAGGAGCAGGAGUUGCAGCAACAGGAGGGAGAACAUGAGAUGGAAGAUGAAGUGAAGGACCAGGAGGGAGAGGGAGAGAAGGAGCAGGAGGAGGUCCAUCCGCUGGAGGAAGACCUGGAGGAAGAGAAAGUGCAGCAACAGGAUGGAGAUACUGAAGAUGUGUAUGGGCAGGAGGAAGAGCUAGAACAAGAGGAGGUUGCAGCGCAUGAGUGGGAAAUACAAGAGAAGGUGGAGGAGGUUCUGAAGCAGCAGGAGGACGGGCUGUCUGAGCAGAUGCUAAAGCCAGAAGGGGAACAGGGCCAUCAAGAGGAGCAGGUACAGGAAGAAGAGAAGGAGGAGGAGGAGGUAGAGAUCAAAGAGGUGCAGGAAAGUGAGCUACAGCACCUUGAAAAGGAGGAGGAGGAAGAGACUGAGGAGAUGCAACAAGAAAAGGAGGUGCAGCAAAGUGAGGUGUUACAACAAAAGGAGGAGGAGGUAAAGCAGACUGAGGAGCUGCAGCAACAGCAGCAACCUCGAGAGCAGGAGGAGGAGGAGGAGGAGGAGCAGGAGGAGGUGCAGCGUGAGGAGAUGUCACGGACUGAGGAAGAGCAGAAGGAGCAACAGCAGUCUGAGGAGGUGCAGGACUUUGGGGACGCUCUGGAGCAGAAUCACAACAACCAGGUCCUGAUCCGGCUCAGAGGAAUGCAGAAAUAUAAAAGUACAUCGCAAAGGCUGAAGGCGGUCUUGGAGCAGAUGGACCGUGGUAUGGUGGACCUGCAGGAACUCCGGAGGCACUUGGAGCUUGCAGCUGCCAUGCUGGAUGCUGUUUACACUGACGAGACCAGGCGCCUGCUGGACACUGAAGAUGAGCUCAGUGACUUGCAGGCAGAGUCGGUGCCAAGCGAGGUGCGUGACUGGCUGGCGUGCACCUUCAGCAGGAAGAUGGGUGUGGCCAAGCGUCGCCCUGAAGAGAAGCCAAGAUUCAGGAGCAUUGUUCAUGCAGUGCAGGCUGGGAUAUUUGUAGAGAGGAUGUACAGACGGACGUCCAACAUGGCUGGUCUGACCUAUCCUCCCACAGCUUUGACAGCUCUGAAGGAGGUGGAUCAGUGGUCCUUUGAUGUCUUUGCCUUCCACGAGGCCACAGGAGAGCACGCCCUCAAGUUCCUAGUCUACGACCUUCUGACCCGCUAUGACCUCAUCAACAGGUUCAGGAUUCCUGUGCAGGCUCUGGUGCAGUUUGUUGAAGCGCUUGAGAACGGUUACAGCAAACACAGGAACCCCUACCACAACCUUAUUCAUGCCGCUGAUGUCACUCAGACUGCCCACUUCCUGAUGCUACACACUGGACUGAUGCACUGGCUGAGCGAGUUGGAAAUUCUUGCAAUGGUUUUUGCCGCAGCAAUUCACGACUUUGAACACACAGGAACCACCAACAACUUCCACAUCCACACCAGGUCGGAAGUGGCCAUUCUGUACAAUGACAGGUCAGUGCUGGAGAACUAUCAUGUCAGCGCUGCCUACAGGCUGAUGGCCGAAGAAGACAUGAAUAUCCUGGUCAACCUGAACAAAGAUGACUGGAGGGAGCUGAGGUCUCUGGUGAUAGAGAUGGUGAUGUCAACAGACAUGUCCUGUCAUUUCCAGCAGAUCAAGACCAUGAGGAAUGCCCUAACACAGACACACAGACUGUGCAAGGCUAGUCUAUCUGACAGAGACGACCAGAUCAUCUGUGGGAGUGUGGUGAAAAGGCCCAACAUAAGCUCCUGCAGGCUGCUGGACCAGAUUGCCCUGUGCGUUCCUGGAGAUAAAGAGGUUGAACUUGGGCUCCCGUUUUCUCCUCUCUGUGACCGUAAAGCUACGAUGAUUGCCCAGUCUCAGAUAGGUUUCAUAGACUUCAUUGUGGAGCCAACCUUCAGUGUACUGAUUGACACGACAGAGAAAGUGAUUGGUCCUCUAAUAGAAGAGGACAGGAAGGCCAGAGAGACUGGAAACAGGAGAUCCAGUCUAACAGGAAGCGGUUCAGUUACCGUGGAGUCAGUGCAGAGACACAGUAGUGUUCGCCAUGGGAACAGUGAUGAUGGACAGAUGGACUUUUCCCUGACAGCCAUUGAUCUGCUGGCACUGAAGCUGCACCUCUCUGGUGUCAUUACCAGCAACAAGGACAGAUGGAAAGAACUAUCUGUGCACGAGCUAGCCAGCAAGGCGCAAGAAGAAAAAGAAAGUGUGGACCUCCAAUCACAUGCCUCAACCAGCCAUCGUACUCCUGAUGGACCCGCUGCCGAUCAGCCACAGAACUCUGACUGCUCACCUCCUGGUGAAUCUCAUGACAAGUCACCAGACCAAAUGUUGAAUGGGGAGGCCCCAGAGGAGGAGAAAGAAGAUGAUGAAGUGCCUGAAAACGCCUGACUGCCCUCUGCCAAACGUACCACUGUAUUUGACUGUGGCAGACGACCCUGGCAACAGGGCGUUGCCGUGCAGAGUUCACACUCUCUGUUUAAACACAGCAGCUGACUAAGUGGUCCUUCAGUGACUGAAAAGGGCCACUAGACCUUUGUUUUUUUGGGGAUUUUUUUUACAACUGACCAUGAAAAUAUCACAUUCAGAGUGAAAAGAUUCAUUAGAUAACAGCUUCUUAGCAGCUUCAUGGCCCAUUAACAGUGGUGAAAAUGUGUUGUGAUUUUAUUAGAGAUUCAGAGGAAUGCUGUCUGUGAAAUAGAUGUCAUAAUUUAAAUAAAAACAGAGGCAGGCAGGUCAAAACCAAAGAGUGUGGAGCAGCUUAAAAACCCUAUUCAGGGAGUUGGGAGACUGAAUGUCUGUUAGGAAUAAUAAUUAACUGAGCUGUUAAGAAGCAGUUGUCGAGGUUUUGUUAAUGCAGCUGAGCACAACAACAGGUGUGAUGUUUUAAACUUAUAAUAUGAGCGUGAAAAGUGAUUGCUGCUCUGUUCUUUGUUCCUACUCCUUUUUAUCUCACACUUCUACCCAUGAUGUCAAACAAAAACAUGUUGGAUGAUGUUGCAGCAGUUGUUUAUCGUACCGCCUAAGUAGCAAGCUAAAUGGGGCCAAUUGCAUAUUGGCAUAAUUGACUAUGCUGAGAUUAUUAAUACCAUACAGAAUUAUUUCUUCUGGCAUGCACGACUUAGGCUAUUUUUUGGGGCUAAACCAUACCUGGCCAUUACGAACGCUUUUGGGGCAAAAAUGUUAGCAGUUAUUCAGCAAACUGGAACCUCUAACUUUUGGUCUUGCACUAGCAUCGGCCGAGAAACUUUCCAAAAUGUGUGCCAGGUGGUUAAUGCCCAGUACCCCUCUGCAAGUUGUGCUUAGUGCUAAUUAGCAAAUGUUAGAGAGCGAAACUAAGAUAAACCAUAAAUGCCACAAACAAAACUUAUGUAUAUUACCACUAUCACUGACAGCAUAUUAGCAUUCUGAUAGCAUAGCUGAUGGCUAUUAGAGAAGCUGUAGACUACCAGGUGUGUAAAAUAUCCCAGCACUUUGUACAGAAGACAUUACAAAUGUUACAUUGUAGAAAGUGAUGUACAAGUUAUGAAAUUUUUCAGUUUAUUUGCAAAGGAAAAAUCCAUGGACCUACUUGCAUUGGUCAAUUUACAGUGCUAACAAGUUAGCAAUAUAUACCAAAUGGAGGUCUCCUGUAUGCAGUCUUUUAACGUAACAUAAAAGGAGGCAUCUACAGACCUGGAUAUAGUGAAUAUUUGCAGUCCUGGUUACACUGUAAUAUUUGUCCUAAAUACUAACAUGCGACAGAGACAGCAAGUGUUGUCAGUCACGAUGCUUUUUAAAUGCACAGUAUAAAAAUGUAAUCUCAAAUGUCAGUUAUUUAUGUUUUGUCAAGCUCAGUUUGGUUAUAGAAAUCGUACCACAAGCUUAAUUAGCUUAGUAUUAAAUGUAGCUAAGCAAAAAACCAUAUAGCCAUUGUGUAGAAGGACAGAGUGUGGAUGUUAUUCACAGCUUGUUUACACCAUCAGUGAUGUAUUUGAUUCAAGAGCAUUUUAUUGAAACCGAAUCACUCAAUUCAUUUUCUUAUCAAAUCUCAAUUACAACGUGAUGAAUAUUAUGAUAUAAUAUUCAUUAACCCCGCCCUGACUUUUUCUGCUGCUGUCUAACAUGCCUCCUCAAAGUAAUACAAAUUAAAUUAAACUUUGCAUUAUAUGCAUAACUAAUGUUUGCGUGCACAAUGUAGUGAACAUUACCUGCAGGUGACCUAGUUGCUGCUCUGCUGCAGUUCACAGAUCUCACAGAUCACAGAAUAUGGUUUGACAGCUGUCAUGAGCUGCUGCUCAACACCCGAAUAAUCUAAAAUAUCACAUGUUCUUGCUUUCACAUUUGACAGUAUACAUUUCAACAAAUUCUAGUUUAACAUUAAACAAUAUGCUAUUAAUACACUACAUGGAAACAGCAUGUAAUUUAUUAUUUCUUUUCCACUUUUGACAUGAGGCUGAUAUUGAAUUUGCUUAUUUAAUUAGUAUCUUUUUAAAUGUUUACUGGUUAGGUAGAAGGUGAAGGGGGGAGCUGUACAUAAGAAAGCUAAUAGAAAGGAUUAGCUCCAAGGCAAGAGGCUUGGUAACUAAAGAUUAACAAAGAUUUAAUGAGGGAUUUGCUGGCUGCUGAGCCUAACCAAGUACUUUGCAAUCUCCAAAAAAGACAUCAGAGCUCAUCUGUAGGAUCAAAUCAGAGUCAGUUCUGUGUUACAACUGAUUGUAAUAAACGGUUGAUCCCAAAUCUGUAUCUGAGCCCUGACUGAAGAGUCUGUUUCACUUGAAAAAUGUUACAUACGGGAGCUAAAAAGCUAUGACUGCCAUUCAGCUGGCUUUACCUUUUCCAUGGCUAAUAGCAGUAAAAAUCCAAACAUAACACAGUGGCAGUUUGAACGCACAGAGAGCAGAGCAGCAGCAGUGAAUCGGUGUGAAUUUCUUUACAUGUUUACAUGUGACCUUUUUAAAAAAAAACAAAACAUGGGCCAUCUUAUCGUAUUCUGGGCCAAUAUACCCAUAGGAUAGCAUUACACUGUACUCUCCAUCGUUGUAGAGAUUGUGGAGAUGAUGGAAAAUGAUAAUGAACACUGAGUCCAAGGAAGUGUGAUCAUGAGUAAAUAAAUAAGAUUUACCUUUAAAUCGACAGGAGCCCAGAGUUCAGGCAGCUCUUGUUGUUCCUGUGCUGGGCCCCUGUUGCUCCACCUGGCUGUGAAUAAAGAAAAGUGCCAUAGAAUCAACAUGGUGACAAGAGAAACACCAGUUUCUAUAGCAAUGGACAAUGAGUCAAAGGCAGGAGCCAAAAUGGCCGAAAGUCAAAGCUCUUUAGAUUCUGUGAGCACUGUGUUUGUUAAUGCAAUGUGUGCUAUAGUUAUUGUGUGCUCUUUGACUCUGUGUGUGGAUGAGAUUUUGAGUGUGAGUUUGUGUGAGAGAAAGUGUGAGAGUGUGCACUGUAUACUGUACAGCUGUUUUCUGUAUUAUUGUAUUAAACAUUCACAAAUCUG